AAUCACUUUCUUUCCAUGAUUUUAUUUCUUCAUCCCCUUUCAAAUAAUCAUCAUUCUAAUCUUAGAAAUAUAUUAUAUUAUAUUUAUAAGACUAGGCUAGGUGGCUCUACAAAGGGUCCCCAAAAGCCCCCAUUGACACGUUUUGGAGCUACUGUGAGGGUCAACUCAAACCGCCAAUUGGUCAGCUCACGACUGAAGCAUCCUCGCUGCAACACCAAAAGCUUCCAUCUUUCUAUAUAUAUAUUGGCAAUCCAGAAUCUUUUCGAUUCAAAAACUUGUCACAAUAAAUCUCUUUGGGGUUUCAUACUUUCAUUAGUGAGAUGGAAGUGGCGUCUUCAUCAAAGGAAAAGGAAAGAUCAUUGAAAGCCGCGGGCAGCGGCGGCGGAGAUCCUCGCCGCCAAACUCGGAAGUGCAGAAACAUCUGCCUGGCGGUGACAGCUGUAGUUCUGGUCGCAACAGUUGUACUCGUGAUCCUCUGCUUGACAGUGUUCAAAGCCAAGGAGCCCGAAACGACAAUCAAUUCCGUCGUUUUGAAAGACCUCGACGUGGCGCUCAACAUUCCCAGACUCAGCGUGGACGUGAACUUUACGCUGGACGUGGAUCUAUCCGUGAAGAACCCGAACAAAGUGGGCUUCAAGUACAAAAAGGGCAACGCUUUGUUGAACUACAGAGGGGAGCUGGUGGCCCAGGCCCUAAUCGGGUCGGGCGAGAUACCGGCGGACCGGACCAAGCCCAUGAACGUGACGCUGACCAUUUUGGCAGACCGGUUCCUGGGAAAAUCGGAGCUCUUUUCAGACGUGGUGGCCGGUACGUUGCCUUUGACCACUUUGACCAAAAUAUGGGGCAAAGCUAUCAUUUUGGGAAUUUUCAAGGUUCAUGUGAUCGCUACCUCCUCCUGCGAUUUCAGUAUCAAUGUGAGUAAUAAGACAGUCGGGGAGCAGAAGUGCACACAGAAGACAAAGUUGUGAUCUUUUUUGUUCUUGGCUCUGGGAUUUCUUAUUUUCUGGAUUUGCAUAUGCUUUGUCUGCUUGUGGGAGGUGAAUUGA